ACCAAACCUGUGCAAUUUAACCCUAGAAAAACUAACCAAACCACAGUCACUGGUAAAAAGUUUUAGGCGGGAAACCACCCUUCUUCCCCCCUCUCCGAUCAUUUUCUCUCUCUAAACUCGCCGUUUCUUCGUCUAUCAAUCCACAGAACAUUCUUUCCCUCUCUCGUGCCAUUUUCUCUCUCUAGAACCAUGAACGAGAUUCGGCGAUCGAUGUCGACGGUGGCCGCAGGAGAAGCCCUAACGGUUGCGCCGGAGCUGUCUCCGUCGGAGUUGGAGAUUGCGCGGCGUAGGCUUCGACAGCGGUGGGAGUUAGCGUCUGUUCUAAAUUUCUUGAAUGUUUUUGAGCCAGUAAUUGAGAGCAAGAUGAAAACUUCAGCUGGUGAUAUUGAGGCUGCUCUUAUUAAACCAGAUAAACUGCUUUCUCAGCUUCACAUAAUGCUUUUAAAGGGAAUACCACCUGUAAGUAAGUCCUUGAAGAGUUCUGAUGCAUGGGUGAAGGAGCUCUGUAAGAAACUCGCUAAGUGGUGGCCAUGGGUUGCUGAAGGGGAUAAUCCACUGACUGCAGCUAAAGGAGAGGAGAAUUCCAGAUACAAGGAACUUGAUCCAACAAUCCGUCUAUCAAUUUUAAAAGCACUUUGUGAAAUUCGAGCGGCUCAAGAUGAUGUGGUGCGUUAUAUUAAUGAUGCAAUAAAAAGUGGAACCGAACUUUCUUAUUUCCGCAAAGAUAAGAUUGGAGGAGAUGGGAAUAGAACUGCAUACUGGUAUGAUGGAAAUACAAUUAUUGGUUAUAGAUUAUACAAGGAAGUAAAUAAGUACGAGUCCAAUCAAAAAGUUAAGGGAAAAGGAACCGUGCCGGUAAUGAGUUCUCAUUGGAAAACACUUGCAACCAAUCUUGAGGAAUUUCAUAAAGUUGUGGAUGACUUCUCAUCUAGUGAGGAUAAAGUGGAAGUUUUUGUUAGUAAGAUCAUUGAAACUGAUGCCAUUCCUGUUCUUGAGAAACUUCAGAAGAAGAAAGAAAAGGCACUGAGACAGCAAGAAAGACAAGAGACGCUUUUGAAUGGUUUUCGAAAUUCUGGGAUCACUCGCUCUUGCCGCAACCGUAGGCCUGUCAGUUAUACAUUUGAUGAGUAUGACAAGGCUAUUGAAGAGGCUAUACAAGUAACGAAGAAAAGAAAUAGGAGCAGCUCAGAAACAGAAACUGACUCGGGAGGCAGUGCUGCCAAUAAAUCUAAAUCCACAGGAGGUGACAACCUUCAAGGAGGUGAUGAUGAUGAUGAUGAUGAUUACGAGUCUGAUGGAAACAAGGAUGAUGGUGAUGACAAGCAUGGCAGCGAUUCAAGUAAUUCCAACAAAGAAAAUAACAAUCUUGGCAACAGGAACCACACAACGCUUGAUUCUCGAGAGCAGAUUGUUAACUUUGAUGAUAAGCCUUUUGGUUUUGGGACGCGCUGGAGUCUAAGACUAGCUGGGACCACCGACCACCCUGUUUCAGAUACCAGAGGUGCAAAGAAUAGAUUGAGACAAAGACCUACUCGCAAUACUGCGCUUGAGAACGCUGUUGUCUUCGAUUCAGAAGACGAAAACUCAUUAGAAAAUGCUAGGAACGGUAUGUCCAGUGGCCAGAACUCAUCUGCGGCUGCUGAUCACAGUGAUGAUAAUGACAGCUAAAAGACUUCUGAAUGGGCAUGACUGAGCAAGUCAUUUGCACAUGCAUUAAAUGAUUUUCCUUGAAUUUUGUAACACCAGAAGGAAAUUUAGAGUGCAUUUGUUUUUUGGAAAUGACAUGAAAGUUUAACCAUUGUUUCUCGGAAGCAAACAAAAGUAUGUAUUUUUUGUAGCGUUGUUUCUGAGAAGUGUGUUUAAUCAUUGUAAAGGAGGUUAACAAAGUGUUAGGUUGUUAAAUGCCCCGUAUUAAGCUGA